ACUCAAUAGGAAACAAAUCAUACCGCUUUAAAUUAAACAAAGAAAAUCUUUUUCUUUAUUUUGCCUCAUCUUUCUUCCUUUCUGCAUCAACUUUCAUUUCUAGGGGAAUUUUUUUUUCACCGAUCAUCAUAUAUAGAGAGUAAUACGACUUCAAAUGAAAAUUAGUUGACUGGAUAUUUGCGUUCGUGUUUAUUAUGAUCAAAACAAAAGAGACUUGUGGUAACAAUUGUUUCAUAUCCGAACACAACAUAGUAUAGAACGCCUUACAUAUCUUGGUUGCAGAUAUGAGGGAUUAGGGAGAGAUAGAAUCGAAAACAUAGCAAUGGAGGAGCCAGAAAUGAGUACAAAGAUGAAAAAGUUGCUGUUGAUACUAAAUUGCUUCAUGUUAGCAAUAGGAAUAAGUGCAGGUCCACUUAUUAUGAGGUUGUAUUACAUACAUGGUGGUAAAAGCAUCUGGCUUUCUUCCUGGUUGGAAACUGGUGGAUGGCCUGUCAUGAUUUUACCUCUUCUAGUUGCUUAUUUUCGUCGACGUCGUACCGAUCCCGAGGCGAAGCUCUUCUACAUCAAGGCCAAUACCUUUUGCUAUGCAGCCAUUGUUGGACUAGUGGCUGGAUCAGCAGACUAUUGUUAUGCAUAUGGAGUAAAACACAUACCAGUCUCAACAUCAUCCUUAAUCCUAGCAACCCAACUAGCCUUCACAGCUGUAUUUGCCUUCAUAUUAGUAAGGCAAAAGUUCACAGCAUUUUCAGUAAAUGCUGUUGCUCUACUAACCUUUGGAGCCAUUGUGUUAGCACUUCAUGCCGGCAAUGAUAGACCGGCCGGUGAAUCGAAGGCUCAGUACUUCGUAGGUUUCUUCUUCACCCUCGCUUCGUCGGCCUUGUUUGCUCUUAUGCUUCCUAUGAUUGAGCUCACUUACAGAAGAGUUAAACAUACAGCAGUUAACUACUCUUUGGUAAUGGAGAUUCAGCUUGUGUUAUCUUUUUCUGCUACUGCUUUGUGCACUGUUGGAAUGCUUGCAAGCGGUGAUUACAAGGGAUAUGCAAGGGAAGUGCAAGAGUACAAGCUUGGAAAUGCCAUGUACUUCGUAGUAUUGAUAAUUAGUGCAAUCGUAUGGCAAUUCUUUUACUUAGGAGCAGCUGGAGUCAUAUACUAUGGCUCUUCUUUGCUAUCUGGAAUAAUUAUAGCUGUUGCACUUCCAAUUACAGAGAUCGCAGCCAUUUUUUUCUACCAUGAAAAAUUUCAAGUAGAAAAGGGAGUAUCACUUGUUCUUUCACUUUGGGGAUUUUUCUCCUAUUUUUAUGGCGAGGCUAAAGAAAUGAAGAAGCAAAAGAAGAGAGAAAGAAAUAAUACAAAUUCAACUGAUGUGGAAUCAUAAAUCAUAAUCUUCUCGAUUACAAACUAUUAAUACUUUUCUAAAUUAAGCUUAUAGCUUACAUGUAAUGACUGAGCAACAGGUGUUGGUCUAGUGGUGUAGGCAUCACUUUCGGAGAAUUUUCGAGAUCGAGUCUCACCCGUAACAAUGUUGGAGUUUUCUUUAUUUUCCCAACUUGCUAGGGUUUCUCCGUAAUUACCUUUAAAAAAAAAACUUAUAUGGAAUGACUUAAUUCAGUUUCUAGGAAAUAUUAUGUAGAUUAAGAUCUAUCUUAUUUUUAGAAAUUUGAGGGCUAUUGACUAUUGAAAAAACUAAUAUGAACUCGGUGCAUACUAAUUAGUGUGCACCCGAUCUAUAUCACAUGAAUUUAGGAUAGUGUAUAUUGAUAUAAAAUGAUAUAGUGUAUGUUAAAAUGAUAUAGUGCAUGUAUAUUAAAAUGAUAUAGUGUACCUAUGUAUAAUAUAGUAUAGCUAUUUUUGAUAAAGUGUAUCUAUUUUUGAUAUAGUGUAUGUUUCUGUAAUGCGUUUAAGUAAAUAUUUUCCUAUAGGAUACAGUGUACCUAGUUAUGAUAUAGUGUUCCUAUAGGAUAUAGUGUACCAAGUUAUGAUAUAGUGUACCACUGUAUGAUAUAGUGUACGUAGUUAUGAUAUAGUGUAUUUAUUUUU